AUGAAUGCUGAAGAUGCAAUGAUUGCAAGAAAGGAAAAAGAAGGGGAGGAUAAGAAGACAGACAAGAAAAAGCCGGCUCUAGUAACUAAAGAUGAAAAGGAAACCAAGUAUAAGAAACCCAUGGUCAACCAAAAUGAAAGGGCGUCUCGUUAUAAGAACGCGGAGAGGUGUACAAAUUAUACUCUUUUAAAUAUGCCGAUAGAUCAAGUUUUCCUGCAGUUCCAGGAUGAACCAUAUCUGAAGUGGCCACCGAAGUUGAAGUCAGAUCCGGCAACGAGACCUCGUGAUAAGUAUUGUUGGUUCCAUAAAGACCAUGGGCACGCUACAGAGGAUUGCUUCGACCUCAAGGAUCAGAUUGAGACUUUGAUCCGAAUGGGGCACAUGCGAAAGUUUAUUGUGGGGAAUAACAGAACCGACAUUAAUCCACCUAAAGCAGGCCAAAAUAACCGCCUUCCUAAUCAACAACCAAUAGGAGAAAUCAGGGUCAUAGCCGGGGGAUGUGUCGGAGGUGGAAAAUCAAGCUCAGCCUGUAAGGCCUAUGCCAGGAGAAUGCGAAGCUCAUUUGAGGAGUGCAAAGUUGGAGUACAAAUUCAACAUCAAAAGAUGCCUCGUCUAGGUGAUCCUAUUAUCACAUUCUUAGAUGAAGAUAUUAAGGAUGUGCAACAACCUCAUGAUGACCCUCUCGUUGUCACCAUGAUGAUUGCUAACUAUAGUAUUUGGCAGAUCUUGGUAGAUAAUGGAAGUUCGACUGAUAUCAUUUUCCUAGAUGCAUUCAGCAAAAUGAAGAUUGGUAAGGAGAAAUUCAGACCUACUAGAUCACUAUUGGUGGGAUUCACAGAAGAAAGGUCUAUCCUCUAG